CUGCACAGUGCGGUUGAAGAUGGCGGAUCAAUACAGCACUCCGGGAAUAGCUUUUUCAGGCACCUUCGAAAAAGAGGAACCAGCCAAAAAGAGGUCGAAAGUCAGUUCGGCGACUAACUACAGAUCCAAAGUCGCUAGAGAAGACCAGUCUUCAUGUACCUCUGCGGUCGCGGAGAGCUGGGAGCCGGCGGUAAAUAGUACGCUGCCAGCGGAGAAGAAAGCAAAGCCGGUGAUGGCGGUGGAGCAGGCCACAGCGGCGCUAGAAGUAGACAACAAUGGACUGGGACUGCUGAGCUCAAAGCCGCGGAAAGCAGUUGUGACAUUAAACGCCAGCGCAACACUUUCGACAAACGAGGAAGGUGCUGAUCUUGGACACGAGGAUCUCACCUCAAACGGUUUGGCUGACACACCAGAGCACAUCAGUGAGGAAGAUGACAGAUUGUCCCAUGCAAGCUCCAGUGACUGGACUCCUCAACCACAUAUAGGCUCCUAUGGUUUUAUCCAGCAACACAUCAGGGAUUCAGAUCCCAGGACUAUUCUGAGGGAUUUACUGCCUGAGACUGUUCUACCACCAGAUUUGGAUGAUAUGACAUUGUGGCAGAUAAUCAUCAACAUUUCAGAUCCUCCAAAAAGAAAAAAGCGGAAGGAUAUCAACACCUUAGAGGAUGUGGUCAGACUACUUCAUGAGAGUAAACGGAUCCAAGUACUGACUGGUGCCGGGGUGUCAGUUUCUUGUGGGAUACCAGACUUUCGCUCCAGAGAUGGGAUUUAUGCACGACUUGCUGUAGAUUUUCCUGAUCUUCCAGAUCCUCAAGCUAUGUUUGACAUUGAGUACUUCAGACGAGACCCAAGACCAUUUUUUAAGUUUGCAAAGGAAAUUUACCCAGGUCAGUUCCAGCCAUCCCUUUGCCACAUGUUUAUAUCAAUGCUUGAAAAGCAGGGAAAGCUGCUGCGCAACUACACACAAAACAUUGAUACACUGGAGCAAGUCGCUGGAAUUCAGCGGAUUAUCCAAUGUCAUGGGUCAUUUGCUACUGCAUCUUGUCUUGUCUGUAAACAUCAAGUGGAUUGCGAGGCCAUAAGGGAAGACAUCUUUAACCAGGUUGUUCCUCAUUGUCCACGAUGUCAAGAUAUUCCCCUAGCAAUCAUGAAACCCGACAUCGUCUUCUUUGGAGAGAAUCUUCCUGAAAUGUUUCACAGAGCCAUGAAGCAGGACAAAGACGAGGUGGACCUGUUGAUAGUCAUUGGGUCUUCCCUGAAAGUCCGACCAGUUGCCCUCAUCCCAAACUCUAUUCCACAUGAAGUGCCUCAGGUCCUGAUAAAUAGGGAGCAGCUGCCUCACCUCAAUUUUGAUGUGGAGUUACUCGGGGACUGUGAUGUCAUUGUCAAUGAGAUCUGUCAUCGGUUGGGUGGAGACUUUGAGGAGCUUUGUUGUAAUACAGAAAGACUCUCUGAAAUCACAGAGAAACCCCCUCGGUUACCAAAACAGCCACCGAGUGAGGCCUUGCCAGCUGAGAACAUUGCAGAGCAAGGGUCAGAGGAGCAGAAGCAACAUUUCUUGGGUUCAGUAACUCAGCCCAUUGAGGAAACUGAGGGUCAGAAUGUGACGGUGACUGCUGGAAAUAGUGCAACACCUCCCAAGCCUUGUGGAAAUGUUCGUCUCUUUGAAGUAACAGCAGAGCCUUCAGCUGAAGAUGCACUUCAAAAAGAGGGAAGUAAAGUCAAGAGCCAAACCUCUGAUGCUGAAAAUCCUAGAAGAUGCUGGAUGACUCAGAUCAACAGAAGUCCAAUCAGCAAACGCCUUGAGACUGGCCAGUACCUGUUUCAGGCCCCAAAUCACUAUCUCUUCCAUGGAGCUGAGGUUUACACUGAUUCUGAAAAUGAGACGUCAAGUUCCUGCAGGAGUGACAGUGACGCCUCUGACUGCAGCGCAGAUGGGAUGGAGGAAGACAGCGAGACAGAGGAAGUCACGCAUGCAGUGGAUGGAGUGACUUCCCUCAAAGACACAGUUCAGCAUGCUAACGCUAAUGAGCCCACAUCAAGUGUGCAGAAAGACCAUACUUCCUCAAAAACUGAGGGUGACCACUACCUUUAAAAGUCAAUCACCCAUGUCCCAGCACUAAUUAUAUGUAUAUGUGCGUUUCGUAUAUUUUUCACAAUAGUUAUUUUCAUAAAGUUGCAUUGGAUUGUUAAACUUAA